CUGCUCCAACGGGGCACAAACGCAAGAGUCAAAAAGAGAAUCCGAAUCACAUCUGAACUUUGUGACCCUUCUGCCUGGUGCCUCAGAUACAGUCGCACAUUGAUUCUUUGGAGUUACCUGAUCUCUGAUUCGUUCUGUGAUUCCAUUUCGUUUUCGUACCUUCCCCCAUUCGAUCGAUAUACCCUCAUCCCCAUCGAGAUUGGACCCAAUGGCCACAGCCAAGGUCAUCUUGCCCGAAAAGGGCAAAGAGAACAUCCUCAUCACCAGCGCCUUGCCAUAUGUCAACAAUGUUCCUCACCUCGGGAACAUUGUGGGUAGCGUGCUUAGUGGCGACGUCUUCUCGCGGUAUAGCAAACUCCGCAACCGGCCGACGCUUUACAUAUGCGGCACCGACGAGUACGGCACUGCGACUGAGACCAAGGCGCUCGAGACGAAGCAAACGCCCCAGCAGUUAUGCGAUGAAUUCCACAAGAAGCACAAGGACGUCUAUGACUGGUUCGAGAUAAGCUUCGACUAUUUCGGACGGACUACAACCCAGAAGCAGACCGAGAUCGCCCAAGAUAUAUUCCUGAAGCUGUACAAGAAUGGCUAUCUCGAAGAGCGCACCACCACCCAACCCUACUGCGAACACGCAGACCACAAGGCGUUCCUGGCUGAUCGGUUUGUCGAGGGAACAUGUCCUAAGUGCCAAUACGACGAUGCACGAGGAGACCAAUGCGACAAGUGCGGAAACUUGCUAGACCCAUUGGAGUUGAUCAACCCCAAAUGCAAAGUCGAUGGAACUACGCCUGUCCCGAAAGAAACCACACAUGUAUUCAUUCUGCUCGAAAAGCUAACACCCGAGAUCUCCAAGUGGAUGGAGAAGUCAAGCAAGGAGGGAAAUUGGACCUCGAAUGGUAUCAGCAUCGCGAAAUCUUGGCUGGAUAGAGGCCUUGAGGGUCGAAGUAUCACACGAGACCUCAAGUGGGGCACGCCUGUGCCACUGGAAGGCUACGAGAACAAGGUCAUGUAUGUAUGGUUUGAUGCUUGCAUUGGAUACCCGUCCAUCACGGCCAACUACACAGACCAGUGGGAGCAAUGGUGGCGCAACCCCGACGACGUUAAACUCUACCAGUUCAUGGGCAAAGACAAUGUCCCCUUUCACACGAUCAUCUUCCCCGGUUCGCAAAUAGGCACUGGCGACAAAUGGACGCAGCUCAACACAAUCUCCACAACUGAAUACUUGAACUACGAGACCGGUAAGUUCUCCAAGUCGCGCGGAGUCGGGGUGUUUGGAGACACUGCAAAGGACACCGGCAUUCCUCCGUCCGUGUGGCGAUACUACCUUCUUGCGAGUAGACCCGAGACUGGUGACACACAGUUUGUGUGGAACGACUUCGUCGCAGCCAACAACAGUGAACUUCUGGCGAAUUUCGGCAACUUCUGCAAUCGCGUCAUCAAGUUUGUGAACUCGAAGUUCGACGGCGUGAUUCCCGAGUACCCAGCAUCGUACACAGAUGAGACCUUUGACUUCGCUGCUUGGAUCGCCGAGGUCGAUGCUGGACUCAAGGAAUACAACGAGCUGCUCGAGGGAGUCCACCUACGAGCCGGACUUAAGAAGUUGAUGGAAAUCAGCUCCAAGGGAAACAACUUGCUACAGUACCGUCUGGACAAUGCGGCUCUGAAUGAACACCCCGAGAGAACCAAGAAGGUCAUUGGCUUAGCGCUGAACCUCUGUAAUCUCCUCGCUUCCCUCUCUUCGCCAUUCAUGCCUUCGACAGCUAUAUCCAUCACGGAGCAGCUGAACACCUCUCUGGCUUCCAUUCCAGACAAACUUGACACCGAAGCCCUGAAGCCCGGCCACAAGAUCGGCAAGGCCGCCUACCUGUUCUCGCGGAUAGACGAGAAGAAGGUGGCGGAAUGGAAGCAGAAGUACGGCGGAACGCAGGCUUCCCGCGCCGCCGAGGAAGAGGCGAAGAGGAAGAAGGCGGAGGACAAGGAACGAAAGAAGGCUAGAAAGGCAGAGAAGAAGGUGGCCGAGAAAGCGGCACCUGGGGGGGACAAACCCGAUAAGAUUGACGGCACCGUCAAGAGUCUCCCGAUUCGGGAGAAGGCGCCGGCGAAGGAUCCGGUUGACAGCGAUAAGCUGCUCGAUAAGGAGGGGCCGCUGACGGGUCAUGCGAGUACGGUCGCCGAGUCGACGGCCCCGAAGACGGAAUGACAGAAAGUCUGGGGAGUGGCGAUGGUGACUGGCUAUGGAGGAUUAGGACACUCGAGAUAGAGUAAUAAAAGGUCUCUAUUCUAGCUGUCGGAUCAAGGUGGGGCGAGUCGUCAAUUGUGGCAAUACAAGUGCCGAUGUCUGAGCGGAAUGCAGUGUAGUAAAUCGAUAUUACAGUAGAUGGUGUAUUAUAACCUUGACAUUCCAUCUGGUGUAUGCUCCUUGAUAUUGCCCACUGCUCAGCCGCCUUGUCGGGCGCAUGCAUUUUACCAAGAACUACUUUCUACGUCUAAGUGCUAGGUACGUAGACUGCAAAUACUCAGGUGGG